UUUUUUCUGCAGUUCUAAUGAUCCUCUGAAGUCCGUGUCUGUCUUGUUGGGUUGCAGAGCCAAACCAGACAGUUAUGGAGGUGCAGAUGACAAACUCAUGUCAGACUCAGACAGACUCAGAUGUUGACCUUCUGUUGGGAAAAGCCCAGCCAGGCAAAGCGGGAGGGAUCAAAUGGGGAGCUAGCCUAGAGUCCUUGCGCAGUCACAAGAGACUUCAGCCUGAUCAUCCGGAGGUUCCAUGGAAACUAGUCUGUUUGUUCCCAACGGAAGGCAGAUUCUCUGGGCCGAUUCCUGUACUGUAGGUGGGACACAAUAAAGCGGUCAACUGGAUCCUGUCACACGUGGAUCGGGUUACUUGGUGCCUGACAAGGGAUGCCUGUGCCCACGCCAGAGGAGCCAUGAGCCAAGCGGUGGCCUCCAUUUCUCAGGGCACGGCCCCCGUGAUGUCACAAUGCCACUUUCCCUUCCAGCUGCUGGUCUGCUGGCGGCUGUGAACCUGGCAGCCGACUAGCAGGCGGUUUGAACCUUGGAGGAUGAGGAAAAGGAGAGAGGCGCUUAAAGUGACGACAGAAGGCAAGGAGGAAACAGUGAGGAGGAAUUUUGUAGGAGUUGAAAACCGGCUCAAAAGAUGAGCAAGGGAAGACCUUGAGUGGGAUCCAGAGUCUCCUAAAGGGAGUCCCAAGCAAAAGCCAUGGGACCCAGGCCGGCCAAAAGCCAAGUUUCGAUCAUAGCUCCUGGAGGCGAGAAGAAAACCCAGAUGAAUCCCUUCAGCCACGUUUCCUCCACUGUCCUGUGGAUUCUUCUCGCCAUCUCGGCCACCAUCUGCCUUGUGGUCCUGAUGAUAGUGAGCUACCUGUAUGCGGCCUUGGUCAACAAACCCCCCCAUCCGCUCGAGGAGUCGAUGAAGAAGCUGGGGAUAACCAUGGCAGUUGCCCUGAGAAGUGUGAAGCUCAAACACGAAAACCCCCUGAAGGUUGCAGAAGAAGCGGUGAAGCUACCAGACCACAUCAAGGACUCUGGAAAGGCCUUCAAGGACCAGAAAAUAAAGUACCACUCCCUCUUCAAGAAAAGUCGAAAGUCUGGGACGGAGUGGCAUCCUUUUGAGAAUGGUCUCUACUACAUAUCCCGGGGGAAAAAGACCUGGUACGAGGCAGAGAACUUCUGCAUGUCCAGAGAGGCCCACCUGACCUCCGUCCUAAGCUCCGAAGAGCAGAACUAUGUGACUUCGCAGCUCACUCAGCCUGCGUGGAUCGGCCUGACUGACGGAGGACGAGGAAGGUGGGAAUGGACCGACGGCUCCAGAUUAGUAGCCCAGUUCUGGUCUCAGGGAGAGCCCGGCCACUCGGAGCCGGGCCUUGGAGACGGAGACCAAGGCUGCACAAUUAUCGUCCCGUCGUCUAAAGGACAGAACUGGAAGGACGUUGACUGCAAUCAGCUGAAUAGAUGGGUUUGCAAAGGAACUCUGGAGGCUGAAGAGCACAAAAUUCAUCAAACACAUUGACCAGAGCCAAUGACGUGGACUCCGAAAAUUUUCACUGGGGGAGGGGGGCAAACUCCACCAGCUAUUCCCGAUCACGAAGAGGCCGUGAAUAUACUCUUUUACCCAAGCGUAAUUCGUCCAGUCAAGAGACGGGAGAGAGGCCGAUCUUACGUGACCUUUUAGGGUCAAGAUGCGGCCUUUUAUCGGAGCCCAGGACAGUCCCAGCAGGGCAGCGUUCACGUGGAUGUCGUAAUUUUGGCCUUGAGGCUGAUUCAAGCCCUGAAAAAGCCACAGAGUGAGUGGACGGGGACUCUUCUGGGUCAGCAAUCAGCUGUUAUCUCUGCCGAGAUGAUUUCCCCAAACAAGGCUGGGUGAUCUGGCUCAUCUGCCACCCCAUUGGUUGCCAGGGUGGAUUCCGCUGAUCUGGCUGGAUGACUGGGUGCCCCAUUCCGCCAUCAUUGUUCUGUGUACCUCUCCCCCAAACCUCUGCACUCAAGGGAAGAGGACGACCACCCCAGAUUGAAGGGGUGUGGCAAUCUUCGAUCGGGGAAAAGGAUAACUGUGCCCCCCUUGCUAGAAGCCCCAAAGAAGCAGAAAGCUCAGUGCAUCCUGACAAUUAGAGGUGCACAAUCAGGACACUUGAAAGGCUCAGAAGGUCAAGGUGUUAAUAUAGACUUCUUGCUUAGGAGAGUCCAAAGAUUUUGUGUUGUUGCACCAAUUUAACAACAACCACAAUAAGAAUAAAAUAGGAGAAGACACUGCCAGGAAAUCUCCAGCCACAGGCUGGAACAAGAGGUUGGAAAAGCAAGCUGGCGGAAGGAAGGAUCCAAUCACAUCCGUCUCUUUCUCAAGAAAACUUCCUGGAGUCCCCCAGAUGUCAAGCCCAGCUCUAAGAAAACGAACUCAGCUUUCUGACCUCAGCCCACCCAGAGACCCCAUAAUGCAGAACAAAGUUUGUGCACCUCUAGAGAAGACUGCAAGAGGAAUGCUUUCCUUCCUUCCUUCCUUCCUUCCUUCCUUCCUUCCUUCCUUCCUUCCUUCCUUCCUUCCUUCCUUCCUU